CCUUUUCAAUCAAUUCAUGUCAUUCACUUUCUCGCAACACUUCAGACUAGUUUAUCAGCCUUAGCUCCCAUUUAAUUCGGUUUAAUAACAAAAAAUGAAUAACAAACGCAACUGCGAUGGUGCUUGGCUCACCAAACACGAGCGCGAUGGAGUAACCGAAAGCAGCGACAAGGCUACCUCAACCCCAACAAAUUUGGCAGUCCAGAGCGAUGAGCACUUGCGCAAGAUAUUUAUUGGUGGUCUGCCCACGCAGACUUGCCCGGACACUCUGCGCGAGUACUUCUCGCAGUUCGGCGCAGUGGCCGAUGCUGUGGUCAUGCGCGAUCCCGUGUCCAAUCAUUCGCGCGGCUUUGGUUUUGUCACUUUCGUCGAUCCGGGCUCCGUAGAUAAUGUGCAGAGCACCAAGCCACAUGUUAUUGAUUACAAAACUGUGGAGACCAAGCCCGCUCUGCCGCGGCUGGAGUUCAACAAGCCGCCCGGUAUGGUCGGUGACCAGACGAACAAAAUCUUUCUGGGUGGCCUGAAGGACUGCCACGAUGAGUCCGUCAUCCGCGAGUAUUUCUCAAAGUUCGGCGACAUCAUGAGUGUCAAGCUGCUGGUAGACAAGGACACUGGACGCAAGCGUGGCUUUGGCUUUCUGGAGUACACGGAUGUCGACGGUGCCGAGAGAGCUUUGGUUCAGAGCAAGCCCAUCAUUAACUCCAUUAUGAUCGAGGUGAAGAAGUCAACUCAAAGACCCGAUUCGGGCAAGCGUCUUCGUAUAUCCGUUGGCGGUGCGGCCCGCGCUGGCUACGUGCCACCACAGCCAGCCAUGUUCGAUAGACACUGCUACAAUGCGCACUACAAUUCGUACUUGGCACAGUGCACCCUGCCGCCUUCGGCCUACAGCAACGGCUGGGCCUCGUAUGUCGACCCAACCAUUGCGCCAACAAUGAGCAAGAAUGUAAUCUACUAUGCACUGCCACAGUCCGUCAGCCAUGGGGCUCACGCUGCCAUAAAAUGCAGCCCAAAAGUGGAAGGAGCAGCGCCAACAAAUCAUCAAAAAUAAUGAAAAAAAAACCAAACCAAAAACAAAACAAAACCAAAAAACAAUACAUAGCUUUUCCUGUUGUGUUUGAGCGAACUAACCUUGUUCCUC